AUGAAAGGCAAUGGGAAAAGCUUUGCAGAAGAAAAUCUGUAUUUGGAAUUUUCUCAUCAGGUGGAAAACUGUAUCUUUCCCCUGCAUACAUCUGUAACCUUGUUUCUGCUGUCUUAUUGUGACUGCAAAGAAUUCAAAAUUUUCUUAGUCUCUAGCAAAGGGAAUGAAAAUCUUACUAUACUUCCCCAGGAUCUAGAAGUUCAGAUUAUCUCGAGGCAGGAGCUACCACUAAUGGUCCAGAGCUGCUGUUUACCUGUUGUAGUGAAGAAGGCCGAAAAUUUCUGUCGAGCAGGACUCUCUGUCACAUUAAGGCACAUCAUACAGAAAACAUAUGAAGCUGAUACAUCAAAGAAGGAAGUUUUGGAACUGCUAGGUUUUAAGAAGACCUGUUUGAAAGCUUGUGCUGAAGUUAGCCAGUGGACCAGACUCUGUGAGCUCAGCAUUCCUUUGGCUGUGGAGAGGUUCCUACAUGAACCUUCUGAUCUAUUGCCCUCUAUCCCAGAGGAAAUCCUACAGCUGGAAAAGAAGCUCGGAGAGCCUGUGAGAGUGCACAAUGAUGACAAAAUCCGUAGGCAAAAGCUGAAGCAGCAGCAGGAGGAAGGACCUGGGCACAGCCCUGGCUCUAGGCACCAAGGAGCAUGCGGAGAAAGUACUGAACCUCCCACAGACAGCCUAGAACUCCAAGUGGCUUUAUCUAGACUCAAAGUCCAGGAAGCUCCUUCUGAGACCAAUCGGGAACCUGUGCACAUCAGGAAAACUCAAACCUCAGACCUGCCGCCUCUGGACCACCUCUUUGCGGAAGGCCUUUAUUUCACCCUUGCUGAUAUAGUCCUUUUGCCCUGUAUCCAUCAGUUUCUGGUUCACAUCUGGAAGAAGCCCUGUGGAAUUCUUGCUCAUUUACCUCUGAUAGCCUCCUGGUACCAGAAGAUUCAGGAAGUUCCUGGAGUAACAAAAGCUGCAGCCAAAUGCAGGCUACAUUUUCUUCAGUUAUCAGACCUCCCAGCCACUUUGGAUAAGCAGUCACCAAUUUUGAGUGAGAAUCCUGAAAUGGAAGAGAAAACAUGUGUGCAGUUUAUUGGAGGACCAAGACCAACUAUUUCCAAACUAAUGAAAAAAGGCAUUGAGGCAAAGUUUUCUCCCCAUCCCUGCCCCAACUGGACCCUUGAUUGGAGCAAUCUGCCAGCAGCAGUAUGUCCAGAAGAGGGCAAGAUGUCCAAUGAACGGGCUCUGCGAAAGCAGCAGCAGUUAAACAACCUAGUCUCUAUGGUGACAAAGAUGGCCAAACCUGGUGAUAUAAUUGUGGAUUUCUGCAGCGGUGGGGGACAUGUUGGAAUUGUCCUUGCUCACCUUCUGCCAUCGUGCCAGGUGCUAUUAAUUGAAAAUAAAGAAUUAUCAUUAGUACGGGCUAAGAAGAGAAGUGAUGAUCUGGGUUUAACCAACAUUUGGUUCAUCCAAGCAAAUUUGGACUAUUUUACAGGGAAAUUUAAUAUUGGGCUGGUGCUAGAGACAGAUAUCAGAAAGGUCAAUAGGCUAACCAAACUGAAGGGGUACCAGCGGCCCUAUCAGAUGGGAAAGUUAUGUCUUGAAAUCCUGAAAGCCUUCGCCUACUGGUGGAACUCUGGCCUUGGCAUUCUGGGAACCAUGAUGACUGAUUACUUUUUCUGUUUCAGUGAACCUUUCAAGGGAGUUUUAUCCUAUAAGGAACACAUGAUUCUUUGUAGAUUUGCAGAUCAGACUGCUGUACAGCUGCCUGUAGAACGAAGACUCAUAGGCAAACAGUGUAUGUGCCUUGUGGAUCUGGAUCGGGCCUGGGCUGCAGAAGAGCGUGGCUAUUCUGUCCAAUUGAUAUCUAUGGAGCCUGAAAGUUGUUCUCCAAAAAAUAACAUGAUAGUAGGGGUCCCUGUUUAAUCCUUAGGAUGUUAUUCCCAUUUGAAUUUUUAGUUAUCCUAGGAAGCUCCUGUUCGAUCUAGGAAUCCCCCAGAAACAUCUCAAACCCCAUUGUCUUUGGCAAAGGAAGCACUGACAGAAACCUGCAAAGCCAGGCUGCCCACAGAGCAUCACAAGUCCUGCUUAUGGCAUGCAAUUAGGCAGCUGCUGGUUCUCAAGGUGAAAACCCCCAGCAGCACCAGCCACGUGCCCAGGAAUGUUCAUUUAGCUAUCUUUCAGAGAAAAACAAUCCUUUGACUAGAAGGAUUAUUUCCUUUUCAGCACAGAAGUUUUCCUCCCGGCCUUGCUCAUUUGGCAUUGCCACCCAGAACUCUUUGCACCUUUUUUAGUAGAGCCUUCCUAAACUCUACAUGGAAAGUAAAGCUGAGCCUUUAAGAAAAACUAAUUUUUUUUAACAGUUGUACUUCCAUUAUAAAAAAUGUUUGCUUUACA